AUGGGAACUACUAUCGUCGGUGACAAAACAUUGGAGCUUCUCCGAACCCGUCUAUUGGACGCAGUGAGAAAGGAAGCGGCAGCACUAGUCGCUGAGAACUUCGGCAGCGCCAGUGAUAUCGAUAGGAACUUCAAGUCUUUGUUCCAAGCAGAGCUGGGUCCCCACGAAAUUGCCAACCCGGGUCAAACCACUCUCCACGACAACCAAGGCGACAACUAUGACAUGAUUCCUCAUACUCCAAUCAGCUGUCUCAAUCCAAAAAUAGCCGACAACCUUACCAAGUCCUUUCAUGACAACCUCGUCGGUGUUUGGACAGUUUUAGAGUACAGCAUGCUCGACAAAUCGAACCGAAACAAAAAGAUCCACCCAUGGGGACCCAUUCUCGACGGACAGAUCAUCUUUUCUCAGAAUGGAUAUGUGAACGCCCUUGUCACAAUUCCAGGACAGGCUCCAUUUGGAGGUGAUGUGCCCUGGACUUCAGGGACUGCUGAGUUGGCAGAAUCUGCAAAGAGAUCUUGUUCCUACAGUGGGAAGUACUUCGUCGAGAGAACACCUAUCGGACCGACCUUGGUCUACGAUCUCGAGAUUUGCAAUUAUCCUGUUUUCCGUGGACAGAAGUUCCGAGUGUUCCUCGACUUCGUGAAAAAGGACAAUCAACAGUUCCUCGUCACUACAUUGGCAUCGAAUGAUUCGGAAAGACAGAAGCAAGAGGUCUUUCGCAAGAUGUAA